AUGUCAGAAGUAAACUCCGCCAAUUAUAUGGCAGAAUUCAUUUCGAAACAAUCUUGGACCAAAACAAUCGGAACGGAAGAAGAGAUUCAACUUGCACCCGCCAAGUUAAGUCAAACCCCUCCAGAAGUUCAAGAUCCUCUCGAAGAAGUCAAUUUAGGAACUGAGGAUGAUCCAAGACCCACAUUUAUAAGCGGUCUUCUCGAGCAAUUCAUGCGAACAAAGCUGAUCUCUUUAUUGAAGGAAUUCAAGGAUUGUUUUGCAUGGCACUACCACGAGAUGCCAGGGCUAGAUAGAAGUCUGGUGGAGCACAGAUUGCCCAUAAAUGAGGGCUACAAACAGGAUUCAUCAGGCCAGCCCGAUACAUCGAGUGGCUAG